AUGGCACGGCGUCGUGACGCGGCAAAAAAAAGCCGGCGGGCGCGCUCGCCGCCCGGUGUCGGACAGUCAGUAAUGGCAGGGGCAGGUGCGAUACGGUUACUGCUACUGGGGGCGCCCGGGGCCGGCAAGGGCACGCAGAUGGGCAGGCUGCUGCAGCGUUUUCCCGGGCUGCAGGCGGUGGCGUCAGGCGACCUGCUGCGGCGCGAGAUCGCGGCUGGCAGCCCGCUGGGCGAGCAGGCGGCAGCCCACAUUGCUGCGGGCCGGUUGCUGCCGGACGCGCUGGUCAGCAGCGCGAUACUGGACGAGCUGGCGCGGCGGCGGUGGCUGCACGGCGGCGCGUCGUGGCUGCUAGACGGGUUUCCGCGCACGGUGGCGCAGGCACAGGAGCUGGACGCCGCGCUGGAGCGCGCGGACGCCGCGCUGACGCUGGUGGUGGAGGUCGCGGUCCCGGAGGACGUGAUUCUGGACCGCAUCCAGAAGCGCUUUGUGCACGUGCCCAGCGGGCGUGUGUACAACCUGGACUACAACCCGCCGUGCGAGGCCGGCCGCGACGACGUGACGGGCGAGCCGCUGUCGCGGCGGCCCGACGACACACCCGAGGUCUUCUACAAGCGCAUGCAGGAGUACGCUGCGACUGCGGGGCCGUUGAAGGAGCACUACGCGCGCCAGGGCAUCCUGCGCACUGUGCGCGGCCCGACAUCUGACAUCGUGUUCCCGCAGCUUGAACGCCUCGUGCAAGCUCAGUUAGGUACGUAG